CACACGACAAGUCUACCAAGCCAGCAGGUUUAAGGUCGGCCGUCAUGAGUCUUAAUAAAAUCCAUAUUGCCGCGUUCUUACUGGUGCUCGGACUCUGCAACGCGGAAACCACCGGAAGCAGAGAGAUCAAGGUGAACGACUCCAGUACCGUUGGGCGUAAUGUUGCGGACAAUGUUGAUGAUAUGCCAAAAGCGGACGUCAAGAGCGAGAGAGAAGCGCAAGACGGCAUCGAGGAAAUGCUGCCGAUCUUACCACCGAUAAUACUUCUUGAUUUUGAUAACGACACGAACGAUGACAAUACAACAGGCGAUGAGAAGUCGAAACGCACGGUGAACAAUGGACUCGGCUAUGGGUUCGAUCGAAACUCUUUGCAUUCGCCGCGAAAAUAUAAUUACUACUUCCCAGCCGGGAAAACCGGAACAACCGUGAGCAUAGAGGAAUCCAUCAGUCCGUUCCUUCCGAGAACUAUCAUCGAAAAAGUAUCAUCGAGCAAUCGUCAGAAACCUGUCUCCAGUUCAUUUGCGAAUGUGAGACAGCAGGGAUAUAGACUUGACAGCUCAGCUGGAUUGAACUUUCCUGCGAGCUACCAAUUUUAUCGUCCCGCGAAUCAGCCUAAAUCCCCGGUAUUCGGUUUGCGAACGAAGUUAACGAAGACAUCUGAUUCUGAGACUUACCAAGGAUUUGUUCCAAUCGUAGGACCUUCCGUUGACGCCUAUUCGAAUGAAGACCGAGAGAACGUGUACGCGUCCACCACACCUCAGUCUUUAACGUUCGGUCACACAGACUCAACAGCUCACGUCACUCCGAGCCCACAAAGUUACACAACCUCCGGUUCUAAUCGAUAUACUUAUGUUACAUCAAACCCACUGUCCUACACUGGAGAAGAGCAUUCUCAGAGAUAUUUAGGACAGAGCAGUCAACACGCAAUAAAUGUGCAAGACUACUCCAGAGCAACGCAAAACGCGGUGAAGUCUUCUUCUACACCGAAUUCUCUUGAAACCGCCGCUUUUCUAGAAAGUAUUGGCAUCCCAUCGAGAGGAAUAAACCAUCACGAUUACGUUCGAUCGGGUUCCAACGUAGCAGCGUCAUCGACUUCAGGAACGGACGAUGCGUCUAGUUACGCGGAACAUGGCGAACAGUUUGCUAAUUUGCCGAGAUACACGGUGGAGAACGGCGUCCGAUAUGAAAACAAAAUAUUCUGGAAAUAUCCAAACGGCAAGGUGUCUGACGUGCCGCCCAUGACGUACGAGACAUAUUCGUAUCCACAGGCCGCUAAAUCUCAGGAAACUCAAAUCUACGAAUCCACAUCCACAGAAAACAAUGCGCAAUCUCAGCAAGGACCGGUUCAGUUUCCUAUGUCGCCGGAACCCAGCGCACCCUCCCAACCAAACUCGUUUAUCUCGGCUGAGACUCUCUCGAGUCUGCCGCAGCAGCAAGUGUAUCGACUGAGAUAUCAAAAUCUUUUGAAUCAGAAGCAGAUUAUUCCGCAGCAAGUCAAAUCCGGCAGUGGAAUUUCGUCCUUGUAUUCGGCUUCUUCAACAACUCCUUCCUCGACGAGAAAUUCUUUUAAACCGAACGAAAAGAGUCAAAAAAUUCUAUACGAGACAGUAUCGCGACGACCAGUUUCAAAAUAUAUGGUGAACAGUCCAAAUCCGGAGUAUUUACCUUAUACAACAGAGAGUACUUUGAGGGACACCACGCCAUCCAAUCCUUUCUUUGCAUCAGGUAACAAAUAUUCGGCCAAAAAGACCAACGUGGACAACAAGAAUCUGGAAAACUACACGAAUUUGCAAUACGCCGAUUUAUUGAAUUAUAAUCCGUCGAUUUCGCAAUAUAUAAAAAAUCCUGCAUCCAUCCUGAAUGUGCGACCAACUUUCGUGCAAGCGGGAAGCUCUCUGAUACCCGUAAUUAUUCUGAGAGUGGACGGUGUGCCGCCUAUUCAACCUAAAGCCGCUCCAAACGUGAAUCUGAAAGCUCUCUUGCAGCAGUAUCUCGUUCAAUAUGCCAGAAGCAUUGAGGAAUUGGCGCGACCGUCCACCUAUGAUCUCGGUAAUGAUGAUAUUCCCAAGGAUCAGCAUUCGUUCUCGACGAGUCUGCGGGAACUAGCGCGACUGGCACAAAAUAGCGAUGGUCAAGAUCUACUCGGCAAUCCUACAGAAGCGUACUUGGGCAAAACAAGUUAUGAAACGAGCAAUUUGGAAGCGGAAAAAAAUCGCUUGAGCGGAAAAUACGGCGAGCGCACGUCAACUCGGCCGAAAGUCAAGAGCGUGCAAAUUCUUGAGGAUCCUCGAUUCCCGAAUUACAGGAUUAAAAAUUAAGUUCUAUAUUAACGAUAAAAAUAUCACAAAGAUAUACUUAACUUCCGUGUCUUAUUGUUUUCUUUUGUUUUUUUAUGAUAUAUAGAAAUUAAAUAUCGUUUUUGUUUUGCGUGUGUAAUUGACUGAUAGACUGAUAAAAUACGGAAGUUAAGGUGAAACGACUGAUCGAACGACACGACAUUGGCUCGACCGGCAAGGAUAUAUCAAGCCUAGGACAAUAGAAGAAUAAUUUUACAUUAUGUAUAAUUUUUAUAUUUUAAACUGUGUAAUAAUUUUAAUAUAUUAUUUGGCACAUUAUUACUUUGAUCUCUCACGAAUGAGACGUUUCGUGCCAUGAAAUAAUUUGCGAAGAAAGAUAACAAUCGAUAAUCGGACGAUAGUGAUAGUAUUUAAAUGUGGUAUUUUUAAUAUGGGAUUGUGCAAUGUAACGUAAUUUAAUGUGUACCUGCGCUACUGAUUUACUGAGAUCUCGCAGAGUUCUGUUAUAUUGAUCAGUUUUGCUGUGUUCUCGGGAAAACAGUAGUAACCAAAGCGCACUUGUUGCUUUGCGCGAACGCAUAAUUACGAAAAAUCAGCCAAAUUUCAUACUUCAGAAAGGUACCUUAUUAAUAAUAAUA